CCUUAAUCCCUCUCUUACUUUGGUGAUGACCUUAGUUCAUAACUAAGGGGGAAGAGCCAUCAUCAUCAUCAUUGACAUCGUCAGUCGUCGGUGGGUCGUUGUGGUUGAUGUGAUCAUGGGAAUUCAGAAACCCGCAUGGUUGGAAGCCCUCUACACACAGAAAUUCUUCGUGGGGUGUUCGACGCACGAGACUGCGAAGAAGAACGAGAAGAACAUAUUGUGUUUGGAUUGUUGCACCAGUAUUUGCCCCCAUUGUUUGCCCUCCCACAGAUACCACAGACUCGUUCAGGUUCGUCGAUACGUAUAUCACGACGUAGUUCGGCUGGAGGACCUUGAGAAGCUCAUUGACUGCUCUAAUGUUCAGGCCUAUACCAUAAACAGCGCCAAAGUGGUGUUCAUCAAGAAGAGACCCCAGAGCAGGCAGUUCAAGGGCUCUGGCAAUUACUGCACCUCCUGCGAUCGGAGCCUGCAAGAACCUUAUAUCCAUUGUUCUCUGGGUUGCAAGGUGGAUUUCGUACUGAAGCAUAAGAAGAAUCUCUCUCCAUACUUGAGGACAUGCAACUCGUUACAACUGAGUUCGGAUUUCCUGGUUCCUCAGGACGCAGGAGACGAGGAGGCAACCAACGAGACACCGCGUUCCACAAUCGUAGACAGCGACGAGCCAAUGAGCACAUCAUCGUCGGGGUCAUCUGGGUCUGAGAAUAUGAGCGUCGCGUGCACCGACUUUAUUCGCAAGAAGAGAAGUGGGUUGUACGUGUGCGCAAGGUCAGCUAGCAAGGUUUCAGACGAAGACAUGGCCACAAGCAUUAGUAGAAGAAAAGGCAUCCCUCAUAGGUCCCCACUGUGUUAGCACCAAUUUACCAAAGAAAACUUAACUUAGACAGAACAGACUACUUCUCUCUAGUUCUUUUUCUUUAUUUCUUUAA